UAAACGCCGGACCAGGAGCAGGAGCGACCCUAGACCUGCCCGCUGUUCUGCUUCUGGACGCUUCUCUCCGGUUUUAUUUCGCAGUCGACUCGGAAGUUGCCGGAGUGUCCCCUGCGCCUCAGACCUGCGCAGUAGCGGACUGGGUGUAGUCUGGACUCCCGUCUUUUCCUGCUGGAUUUGGUGCAUGGCGGCGGACACAAAGAGCUGAGGCCCGAGCCCAGACCCUCACACACCAGCACAGCCGGGAGACGAGCUCUGGACGCGGCCCGGAGCCCAGAAAAGCCGCCGCUGCCGACCCCCCCCGCGCGUUUUCACUCGAUGCUUUUGGCUGUUUGCUAGCCGGAGAGUUACCGCGAACUUCGGACGAGUUCAGGGAGAGUUUGUGUCGGAGCCGCGCAGAGAUUUCCUGGUCGAGGAGGAGGAGGACGCGGAGGACCGAAAAAAUGCGAAGUUUGAUCCGGGCUCUGGUCGCCUGGAGCUGGGUGGCGGCGUGCGUCCGCGCCGCCAUGGACGAGUGCUCGGACGAGCAGGGCAGACCGCAGCGCUGCAUGCCGGAGUUCGUGAACGCCGCCUUCAACGUGACGGUGGUGGCGACCAACACCUGCGGCUCUCCGCCCGAGGAGUACUGCGUGCAGACCGGCGCCACCGGGGUCACCAAGUCCUGCCACAUCUGCGACGCCCGCGACCCCCGGAACCACCACAGCGCCGUGUACCUGACCGACUACAACAACCAGCAGGACACCACCUGGUGGCAGAGCCAGACCAUGCUGGCGGGCAUCCAGUACCCGAACUCCAUCAACCUCACCCUGCACCUCGGUAAGUCCUUCGACAUCACCUACGUCCGGCUAAAGUUCCACACCAGCCGGCCCGAGAGCUUCGCCAUCUACAAGCGGACCAGCGAGGGGGGGCCCUGGGUGCCGUAUCAGUACUACAGCGGCUCCUGUGAGAAGACCUACCAGAAGCCGGGCAAGGGCUUCAUCCGCACCGGAGAGGACGAGCAGCAGGCGCUCUGCACCGACGACUUCAGCGACAUCUCGCCGCUCACCGGUGGAAACGUGGCCUUCUCCACGCUGGAGGGGCGACCCAGUGCCUACAACUUCGACUACAGCCCCGUCCUCCAGGACUGGGUGACGGCCACCGACAUCAGAGUGACCCUGAACAGGCUCAACACGUUCGGAGACGAGGUUUUCAACGACCCCAAGGUCCUGAAGUCCUACUACUACGCCAUCUCCGACUUCGCUGUGGGAGGAAGGUGUAAGUGUAAUGGCCAUGCCAGUGAAUGUGUGAAGAACAGCAGGGGACGGCUGGUGUGUAACUGCAAACACAACACGGAGGGCGAUGACUGCAACGUGUGCAAACCGUUCUACAACGACCGGCCCUGGAGGAGAGCGACCGCCGACAACGCCAACGAGUGUCUGCCCUGCGACUGUAACGGGAAGAGCUCCGAGUGUUACUUCGAUGCGGAGUUGUACCGGGCCACGGGUCACGGAGGUCACUGCAGAAACUGCGCCGACAACACCGACGGCCCCAACUGCGAGCGCUGCCUCGACAACUACUACAGAGACCAGAGCGGCAGCCGCUGCCUGCCCUGCGGCUGCGACUCCGUCGGCUCGGAGUCUCCUCAGUGUGACAACAGAGGAAUGUGUGCGUGUAAACCAGGCGUGACCGGAGAGAAGUGCGACCGCUGCCAGCCGGGAUACCACAGUCUGACCGAGGCCGGCUGCAGGCCUUGCGCUUGCUCGCCCUCAGGCAGCACUCAGGAGUGUGACGUCAACACCGGACAGUGUCGCUGUAAAGACAACGUGGAGGGCUUCAGCUGCGACAGGUGUAAACUGGGUUACUUCAACCUGGACCCCAACAACCCUCAGGGCUGCACCCCCUGCUUCUGUUUCCAGCACUCGUCAGUGUGCGACAGCGCCGAAGGCUUCAGCAUCCACACCAUCAGCUCCUCCUUCUACAGAGAUGACGAGCAGUGGACCGGUCAGCAGCGUGAUGGAUCCAGUGUCUCCGUCCAGUGGUCUUCUAGCGGACAGGAAAUCUCCCUCAUCUCAGACGACUACUUCCCCAUCUACUUCAUAGCCCCGGAGAAGUUCUUGGGGAACCAGAUGCUGAGUUAUGGACAGAACCUGAGUCUGAGUUUCCGGGUGGACCGGCGGGACACCCGUCUGUCGGCGGAGGAUCUGGUUUUGGAAGGAGCUAAUCUGAGGGUGGCCGUCCCCCUCAUCGCCCAGGGCAACGCCUACCCCAAUGAGAACAUGCAGACAUACGUGUUCAGGCUCCACGACAGCACCGAUUACCCCUGGAGGCCGACCAUCAGCCACUCAGACUUCCAGAAGCUUCUCCUCAACCUGACGGCCAUCAAGAUCCGAGGCACCUACAGCGAGAAGAGUGCCGGUUACCUUGACAACGUCUCCUUGGUGACAGCGAGGCAGAGUCCAGGCGUCCCGGCCCGCUGGGUGGAGCAGUGCACCUGUCCUCGGGGUUACCAGGGUCAGCACUGCGAGCAGUGCACUCUGGGAUACCGCCGCGCCCGCCCAGAGCUCGGGGCCUUCAGCUCCUGUGAGCCCUGCAACUGCAACGGUAACGGCGUAGUGACUGGAGCGUGUGACUGUCAGCACAACACGGCCGGUUUGAGCUGCGAGCGCUGUACAGACGGUUUCUACGGUGACGCCACCCAGGGGACGUCAGGCGACUGCAAGCCGUGUCCCUGUCCGGCCGGAGCCACCUGCGCCGUCGUCCCUAAGACCAGAGAGGUGGUCUGCACCAACUGUCCCGCAGGAACCACAGGUAAGCGCUGCGAGCUCUGCGACGACGGUUUCUUCGGGGACCCCCUGGGUCAGAGCGGUCCGGUCCGACCCUGCCGAGCCUGCAAGUGCAGCGACAACAUCGACCCCAACGCCGUCGGCAACUGCAACCGCGAGACGGGAGAGUGCCUGAAGUGCAUCUACAACACCGACGGCUUCUUCUGCGACCGCUGCAAGGAGGGUUUCUACGGCAACGCCCUGGCCGCCAGCCCCGCAGACAAGUGCAAACCCUGCGCCUGUUCUCCGUCCGGGACCGUGGGCCGACAGACCGGCUGUUCCCAGGUCACCGGUCAGUGUCAGUGCCUCCCCAACGUGGCCGAACGGGACUGCAGCGCCUGCCAGCCCGGCUUCUUCAACCUGCAGAGCGGCAACGGCUGCGAACGGUGUAACUGUAAUCCGAUCGGCUCCACCAACGGUCAGUGUGACAUCACCACGGGACAGUGCGAGUGUCAACCCGGCGUCACCGGCCUGCACUGCGAACGCUGCGAAGUCAACUUCUUCGGCUUCAGCGCGUCCGGCUGCAAACCCUGCGACUGCGACCCCGAGGGCUCUCAGUCGGGUCAGUGUAAGGAGGACGGUCGCUGUGAGUGUCGGCCCGGCUUCGUCGGAGCUCGAUGCGACAUGUGUGAGGAGAAUUACUUCUACAACCGCUCGGUGCCGGGCUGCCGGCAGUGUCCUUCCUGCUACAGUCUGGUCAGAGACAAGGUGAACCAGCAGAGGCAGAAGCUUCAUGACCUGCAGACUCUGAUCGAUAACCUCGGCUCGGGCCAGGACGCCGUCAGCGAUAAGGCCUUCGAGGACCGGCUGAAGGAGGCAGAGAGAGCCAUCGUGGACCUGCUGGAGGAGGCUCAGAACAGCAAAGAUGUAGACAAAAGCCUGCUGGAUCAUCUAAACAACAUCAACAACACUCUGACCACUCAGUGGAACCGACUGCAGAACAUCCGCAACACGGUGGAUGACACCGGCGCUCAGGCCGACCGCGCCCGCAACAGGGUCCGAGAUGCGGAGAAACUGAUCGACCGAGCCCGGCAGGAGCUGGACAAGGCCAAGGACGCCAUCGGCAAAGUGGACAUCAAACCCCCCGGCGGCACCGGAGAGCCCAACAACAUGACGCUGCUGGCUGAGGAGGCGCGCAGACUGGCUGAGAAGCACAAGAUGGACGCCGAUCAGAUCGAGAAGAUCGCCAAAGACGCCAACGACACGUCAACCAAAGCGUACAACCUGCUGCUGAAGACUCUGGAGGGAGAGAGCAAGACGAGCCAGGAGAUCGACGAGCUGAACAAGAAAUACAACGAGGCGAAGGAGCUGGCGAAGAAUCUGGAGAAACAGGCCAACAAGGUUCAGGCCGAGGCUGAGGACGCUGGAAACAAGGCUCUGAAGAUCUUCGCCAACCUGACCAGCCUCCCGCCGUUCGACACCAAGGCCCUGGAGGAUGAAGCCACUAAGAUCAAGAAGGAGGCCUCGGACCUGGACAAGCUGAUCGAUAAGACGGAGAAGGAGUACAACGACCUCCGAGACGACCUGAAGGCCAAGGAGCAGGAAGUCCGCAAACUGCUGGAGAAAGGCAAAAGUGAGCAGCAGACUGCAGAUCAGCUGUUGGCUCGAGCCGACGCAGCCAAAGCUCUGGCGGAGGAGGCGGCAAAGAAGGGUCAGUCCACCUACAAAGAGGCCGAGGGCAUCCUGAACGACCUCAGAGACUUCGACAGGAGGGUCAACGACAACAAGACCGCAGCUGAGGAGGCCAUGAGGAAGAUCCCCGCCAUCAACGCUACCAUCACGGCCGCUAAGGAGAAGACCAGGCAGGCAGAGGCGGCCCUCGGCAACGCCGACAACGACGCCCGAGAGGCCAAGAGCAAGGCGGAGGAGGCCGGGAGGAUCGCCAGCAACGUGCAGAAGGGCUCAGCCAAGACCAAGGAGGACGCAGAGAAGGCCUUCCAGGACACCAACAAGCUAGACAACGAGGUCAACGACCUGAUGGACCAGCUGAGCGCUGCCGAGCAGGACCUGGCCAGGAAAAAGGCCGAGGCCGACCAGGACAUGAUGAUGGCUGGAAUGGCGUCCAACAGUGCUAAGGAGGCAGAGGACAACGCCCGCAAGGCCAAGAGCGCCGUGAAGACGGUCCUGAGCACCAUCACCGCCCUGCUGGACCAGCUGGGAAACAUCGACAAGGUGGACCUGAGCAAACUGAACCAGAUCGACGAGUCGCUGAAGAGGGCCAAGGGCAAGAUGGCCGACAGCGACCUGGACAGGAAGCUGGCGGAGCUGAACGACGUGGCGCGGACCCAGGAGGAGAUGAUCAACGACUACGACCGUCAGAUCCGCGAGAUCCGCGCCGACAUCACCAACCUCAACGACAUCAAGAACACGUUACCCGACGGCUGCUUCAACACGCCUUCUCUGGAGAGGCCUUAACCCCGCUCUCCUCCUCCUCCUCCUCCUCCACCUCUUCCUCCUCCAACACCCCCCCAUCACAUCUAACACUCUGGCAAACAUGCCGACUUUUACCAAAACAGUUUUUUUUUUUAAACUUUUUGUUUUCAGAGUCUUGUCUUUGAUUUUCUUUUACAAGAGAGAAGCCAAUAUUUCAAGCCACGUUCACGGUUUUUAACGAAAGAGAAGCAGCUGUUUUUUUGGUUUUUUUUUGUGUUUGUUUGUUUUCGAGACGCAGUAACGUGGUUACGGUAGAAUGAACUAAGCGGCAAAGAGAAGCCGUGCAGAGGUGGAAGAGCCUCAGAGAAAGACCAGAACCACAAUCCCGACGUGACUGCACCCGUCUGCUCCGCAAGAGGAAGUUUCACCGACGCAGAAACCAGACAGGAAGUUCCUCGCGCCACGAGGGACGUCCGCUCAUGUUUUUGUUUUCUGUGUCUCGCCAGCUUAUACCCAUCACACCAGCUACUUCAGAGUUUUACAGUUUUCAGCUAGCUGAAUGUACGGCUACACACUGUUAGAACGCCACCGACCGUAGCGUUUUUCUCAUUGUUUAUCUUUAAAUCAACCGUGUUUCCAGAAACCACACAGUGAAGGAAUCCUCUCAUUUUUGAUAUUCUUUCUCCUCUUUUCUCCCAAAGCUACGCGUCUGACACAUACAGCAGAGGAAAAGUAUUUUACUUCUCUUUUCUUCGACAGUAUUUUCGCCUCCAGCAGGUUGAGUUGUUGAGUAAAGUCAGGCUAACUCUGCUGGUGUGUAUGAAACCAGAAGUCCCUGAAGUCCCACGAAAGGAGUUUCCAAAAUGUGCGCACGAGAUAAACUAGUAUUUUGUUCCCACGAGAUAUGUGGGGAAACAAAUUUGGAAACAGGUUAAUAUCUUGUUCCCACAAGAUCUUCGGUUUACAAGUUAUUGUCUUGCGUGCUCAAGAUCAGGAGCUCGUGUGAGAUCCGGAUCUUGUGCACGCUAGAUGCGAUCUUGAUGCGAGUCAGACAAGAUAUAAAAUCCCGAUCUGGCGGGUGUGAGUAACUGCCUUGUUAACACGAGAACCGAAUCUUCUGUGCAAAAAGUAUCCCGUUUGCACACGAUACAUAUUAUCUGCGUGCGCGUUGUCGUCUCGUUGCACAGAAGAUAUUAGCUCGUUCCCAACGAACCCUAAUGUGAUAGAACAAGACAGGGGUUACCUCGUUUCCACAAGAUAUUUUCUGGCUUUGACAAGUCGGCGAAACGCACGGUGAUGCUGGGCGUGCGACGAAAGGCGCCAUCUCUCAGGACUUCGGGGGCUCUGUCGCUGCGUCUUCAAAUCAGCUCCGACGUUUCUCACGGGGUCACGCGCCAUUUCAUGCGCCGACGUUAUAACGCUACAAAACUUUUUAUUUUCACGGUCUGUCGUUCUCCCAGAAGUCGCUGCUUACCACUGGUGUUUCUACCAAUCACACAUUAACAUUUUCUUCCAGGCUAAAUCCAACACUAUGCAACUUUGUACAUUUUGCGUAGCGAGAAUUUUAUCUGAUACACUGGUGCUAAUAAUUAUUUCAAAUGUUAUAUUUUUGUGUGAAUGUUUUUUAUUAUGACAUAGAGUGAGGAGUUUGUUAUUUGUGUAAAUAUAUGCUUAAAUGAUUCAGGACUGGCUGAUUUUAAGAAAUAAAACUCCAACAUGCAAACAGCCACAUUAAGUUCUAUCACAAUCAAUCAACUGAAACCUCCAGGUUAAAUAUAUAUAAAUAUCUAUGAUAACGUCUGUGGUAUGUUAUUAUUAUAAUAUGCUUGCUUGUAUACAAGGCUCAGUGUUGCUGCCUCAUAGCGAUGCCAAUAUUUCAUUUGUGUUUUCAUAGAUUCUCUGUGAGUUUUCACGCGUUAAUUCAGCCUAACUGAAUAUCUUUGGGGGUUUUUUUUGUUUUGUUUUGUUUUUUUUGUUUUUCUCGUUUUUAGCUUUGACCCUUUUGCCAAUCAGGACGUGUUUUAAAGCGGGCGCCGCCUGCCUCACGAGUCAUUUUACUGAAUUUAUUUGCUUGACUCCAUGGAGAUAAUAAGCUCGGUCACGUUGCUUUGCUAGUUAACUGUGUUAAUUGUAGUGUUUUCGUGCCUUAAUAUAAAGUUCAGUUGUAAUCACAGUCCCGGUGAGGGCUUCCACUUUUUAUUCACUAAAAUGUCCUAUGUGUCCUCGCUCCUUCACACCGUCUCCUCGCGUCGGUACUGAAGCAGGGUUUUUAAAAAAAAUCAGGUCCUAAACGGAGCCAAAAAACGGAUCCUAAUCCAGCAGGUAACAGCUACCAGAGGUUCUUAAUUUAAAAAAAAA